AAGCUAAUAUCAUUAUCAAACGGUAUUUAGGUCACAUUUGAUUACCUUUUUUUUCUGCUACUCAGAUAAACUAGUCACACAUGCAUAUAUAAAACACAUGAUCGCCUACUUUAUUUUUUCUCGCUAUAGCUAAUAUGCAUCACGGAAAAACAACACAAGAAUCACUUUUAUCUAUAGUCGCGAAUCGUUACUCGAAAGCCAUUUUUCUACAUUAUUUUGUUUCUUUUGGUAACUAUAGUAUUCCUUAUCUGUAUAAGUAACUUCAAUUUAAAUCUACUACUGAACAACAGCAUUAUGUUUUAUCUCAUAAUACCGAUCAUUUUGUUAAUUUCCUACAUUGUCUACAAGAAGCACAGUAAAAAAAGUCAUUGUGUGUCAAAUAUUCCUGAAUACGAUCCUGCUAUAGUUAUUGGAGUCAGUCUUGGAGGAAUGACUACCGCUGCUUAUUUAUCAAAAUAUUUCAAACGUAUAACAAUUAUCGAAUUAGAUGAUGUAUUAAAUGAUACUCUCAUCCGACGUCAAUUAGGUCGUUCAGGCGUUAGUCAAAUCUAUCAAAUACAUAUACUUGAAGGCGAAGGAUUUGUUAUAUUAAACGAAUUAUUUCCUCAUUUAAAAGAUAAAUUAUUAAAUGACUAUGGUGGUCGUUCAUAUUCGUUAAAAGAUGAAGCAAGACUAGUAUCGAAUGGUACUUUAUUACAUAAAAAUUUAACUAAAAAUCUCGAGUGGUUCGGUAUUGAUCGUUUUACUUUAGAAACAGUUUUGAGAAAAGAAUUAUGUUCACAAUUUGGAAAUCAAAUUGAAUGGAAAUGUAAUGCACGAGUAGUUCAACUAAUUGUUGAUCAAUCAGCCAAUACUGUUCAAGGUGUCAAAUAUCGAUUAAAAGAAAAUGUUGGUUCAUCAUUAUUAGAUGUCUAUGGUGAUUUUAUCAUUGACUGUACUGGUCGCAAUACAUCAUCAAUAAAAUGGUUAAAAGAUAAUUUUAAUUUAAUUGUACCAACUAUACAAAUGCAUUUUGGUUGCGGUUAUGUUACAUUUAUAGGUGAAAGAUUUAAAGUAGGAGAUCUAUCGUUGGAUUCGAAGUUGAUAAUUUGCUCCAGCCCUAAUACACCUCAUAAUAAUACAGGAUGCUAUAUACUUCCAAUACGUGAAAUAAAAACAAAUGAUGAAAAUUCUCUGGGAAUCUUAUUGACAAUUGCUCUUCAUUGCGUCAAUUCAGAAUAUGCCCCAAAUGAUUCCUAUGAAAAUAUAUUAGAAUGGGCAAAAGAAAAUCUAGAAAGCGAAUAUUAUACAGUAUUAAAAUCAACAAAAGUAUGUAGCCCAUUAAUUCCAUAUCGUCGAGCAAUCGAUGAUCGAAAAUACGUUGAAUUGUUAGACAAAAAAUGGCCUUAA